UUUAAAUGUUUAGCCUGUUUUUAAGCAUAUUAAAAGUUUAUCCAUAAAAAUCAAUUGAAUGGUCAAGCAACAAUCUAAGGGCGCUAGAAAUUCCACUGAAUUGCAGAAUGCUUGCGAUAUUACAGAGAUUCAGAAUUCAAACAAGCCUCUUUUAUCUGAAGAUAUCAGCGUCGUAAGCAAAAAAAGCUUGAAUGCCGCUAUCGUGUUAUGCAAAUGCUGUUUUAUGAAAUUCAACGCGCACAAUUGAGUAUUUUUGAAAAUAAAUCAGUGUUCGAUAAAAAUAUUCUGAAGAACACUCCGGUUGCUUUUUCUAACCACAUUCAUCAAACCAAACAUUUAGGCGUCUGUGUAACAUUUUUCCGGCACACUAGUAAAUCUUUUAAAUGAAGCUUGGCAAAAUGAUUGCUCCUUCUAAAGUUUAAAAAUAUCCUAAUCCUUUGGAAACUAUGGUAAUUCUGCAAGCACGGAACAACUAUGAUGUAAAUGUCUUAAACGCUAUUCCUGUACACGAAGGAACCGAACACGAAUUUUCUGUUGUAGGUUAUCGUCGAAAUAUCAUUUUGACUGCAACUUUUGCACUUUUUGGCGUUUUUACUGGUGGUUUUUUAUAUUUGUUAGGGUAUUGGUAUCCAAUUCGACGCCUCAAAUUUACCCAUGACAAGUGUACUUUAAAGGACGCAUCGUCUGUAGUUAUAACAACUUUAAUUGGAAAAUGUGACUAUGUAUCAAAAAUAAAAACGUUAAAGUCGAAGCGUUCAGAUCGACAUGACAACAAUCUAUCUGCAUUUGAAAAACAUAUUCUCUCUAAUUCUGAGCUGCGUUAUUUUGAGCACAUGUUUUUAAGGUAUUAUAUUAGUGACGAAUCAGAUAAACUAAUUUCAAUAUGGGGAGCAGACAACUGUUUAACAUUUUCAGAUUUGCGGUCGGCAAACGGGUUGAGUAAUGAGACGGCAAAACUAAAGUUAGUAAUUUACAACGAGAACUACAUUAACAUACCAUCGAAACCUUAUUGGCUUGUAUUUUUUCAAUUAUCCUUAGAUCCGUUUUACAUAUUUCAAUUGUUUAGUGUUAUCCUAUGGAUUACUGAUGAUUAUGUAUUAUAUGCUUGUCUAAUUAUUGCAAUGACCUUAUUAUCACUUUUUUUCAACACUUAUCAGACUAAGAAAACUCUGCAGCGUUUGCGCGAUAUGAUUGCCAAAGAAACAGAAAUACAAAUAUUUCAAAAUACUAAUUCUGAAAUAAAAAAUAAUAAAAUUAUAACAAAAUCUUCUCGCCUUGUAGUUCCUGGAGAUAUUCUGAUUAUACCUGUAAAUGGACUUGAACUUCCCUGUGAUGUGGUUUUAUUGAAUGGCAGUUGUGUUGUAAAUGAAAGUUCAUUAACAGGUGAGAGUAUACCAACUGUAAAAACAGCUAUAGAUGAGUCGAUACCAUCUAAUGAAUGUUACAAUUCUAAUUUUCAUAAACAACACACCAUGUUUAAUGGGACUAAAGUAAUACAAGCUAAAAAUGAUGGAGAAAAUGAGUUCAUUUUAGCUUUAGUAGUUCGUACGGGUUUUUAUACACUAAAAGGAAGUUUAAUCCGGUCUAUUAUAUUCCCAAAACCUAUUCACUUCACAUUUUUUCGAGAUUCAAUGAGGUUCAUAUUUUGCAUGGCUUUAAUAGCAAUUGCUGGUUUUAUUUACACAGUUGUUGUAUUUAUAAAAUAUAAUGCCAGUUCCAUGCUUAUUCUUAAAAAAGCAUUGGAUUUAUUUACAAUUAUUAUACCUCCUGCUCUUCCUGCUACAAUGUCUGUUGGCUUACUUUAUGCUCUUCGAAGACUUCGUAAGCAAGAUAUAUUUUGUAUUGAUCCUAAUAGAGUAAAUGUUUGUGGAAAAAUUAAACUUGUUGUAUUUGAUAAAACUGGAACUUUAACUGAAGACCAUUUGACAGUUUCUGGUGUUUUGCCAGUGGUAGAUGGAAAUAUUGGGAGUUUACUAAAUGAUCCUUGUGACUUGGAUGGAUCAGUUAUUUUAAAAGCCAUGGCAACAUGUCAUAGUCUUUCGAUCAUAGAUAAUAAAACAUCUGGAGAUCCUAUUGAUAUGUACAUGUUUAACUUUGUUGGUUGGUCAUUAAAAGAAGAUAAUUUUGAGGAUUUGUCUGAAGAUUCUGUAAUACCAUCAAAACUCAUCCCACAUAUAAAAACCAUAGUUACACCAUCUACAAUAUUGUCAAAUAAUGUUUCUUAUUCUAAAAAUUCAAAAUGUCUUGCUGUUUUAAAACAGUUUACAUUUGAUUCAGGGUUGCAAAGGAUGAGUGUUAUUGUUAAAGAUUUUCAAGAAAAUUUUUUAACUGCCUUUUCUAAAGGAUCUCCUGAAAAAAUACUAGCUAUGUGCAAUGAAUGCAGUAUUCCUCCCGAUAUAAAUGAUGAGUUAAAAAAGUAUACACAAGUUGGUCAUCGAGUAUUAGCUGUGGCUUUUAAAAAACUACCAUUAGCUUUUGAAUGGGAUGAUAUUAAAAAAAUACAGCGUCACGAAGUUGAAUGUAACCUGAAUUUUGCAGGAAUCAUAAUAUUUGAAAAUGUUGUUAAAGUAGGAACAUAUGAAACAAUAAAUACACUUUCUUGUGCUAAUAUCAGAUCAAUCAUGGCCACUGGAGAUAAUCUUUUAACAGCAUCUUUUAUUGCUAGAGAGCUUCACAUGGUUUUACCACACCAGAAAAUUAUAGAGUUGUCUAUAGUUGAUGGGGUAGAGGUUUAUAAAGAACACCUUAUUAAAAAAUCUGAAAGAGUUGAAGAAAUUAAUUCUGAGAACACUAAGUUAAUGAUAAAUGAUUCAUAUAACAUUUGGUCUGGACAAAACAAGCUUAAUUAUGUUUUAGCAGUGACAGGUUCAUCUUAUGAAGUUAUACAUCAAGAACAUUCUUAUUUGCUACCAAAAGUACUAGUUACUGGGGUGGUGUUUGCUAGAAUGUCUCCUGAGCAGAAAACAAUGUUGAUUGAUGAUCUCAAAGAUAUUGGUUAUGGUGUUUGUAUGUGUGGAGAUGGUGCAAAUGAUUGUGGAGCAUUAAAAGCAGCUCAUGCUGGAAUAGCUUUAUCGUGCGCAGAAGCUUCGAUUGCAGCACCAUUUACCUCCAAAAUGUUUAACAUAUCAUGUGUUCCUUCACUUAUAAUGGAGGGUCGUGCAGCACUUGCAACAGCCUUUGGUACUUUCAAAUACAUGGCACUUUACAGUUUUAUUCAGUUUUUUGGAAUGUUAAUUUUAUACUCUGUUAAGUCUAAUUACUCGAACAAUCAGUUUUUGUUUGUUGACAUUGUAUUAAAUUUGCCACUUGUGUUCGCAAUGACUCAGUCUAAUGCCAAUACUAAAUUAGCCAUCAAACGACCUCUAGGGCGGUUAGUUCAUCCAAUAUUUAUAGGCUGCAUUGUUGCCCAGUUAAUUCUUUUAAUAUUAGUACUGCUUAGCGCUUUUUUUUCUGUCCGUGCUAUGAAUUGGUAUCGCCCACCAUCAAAUUUUUCAAAUAGUGGCGAAAUAGAGUUUUUUUCUUUUGAAAACACUGCAGUAAUAGUUGUUUCGCUUUAUGAGUAUGUAUGGUUGUCGCUGGCAUGCUUUAAAGGUCCACCUUACAGAGCUCCCAUAUACUAUAAUUACAUAUACGGACUUGCAUUUUUUCUCGCUAUAGGACUAAUCCUGUAUGUAACAAUUAAUCCAAUUAAGUUAAUUAAAAAUUGGCUUACUUUAGUAGAUCUUCCUGGCUAUGAGUUUGUAAUUGGCUUGCUUGGUAUUGCUUUUGGGAGUUUAAUUUUAGUCCUUUUAAUGGAAAGAAUUUUUGAUUCAAAAAGUAUUAAGUUGCUAAGUGAUAAACUUCGUAGGAAAAAAGAGCCGAGGAAUCAGUACAAGCAUGUACUCAAAGAGUUACACGAAAAUUCCGACUGGCCUCCUUUGAUUUAAUAAAAAUUUUCAAAUGCGUCAUUUCUUGCAUCAAGGUUUACAUUAUUAAAUAUUUAGUAUAAUGACCUUUAGAAAAAAUUGUAAUUUUUAAAUUGACAGGCUGUAACAAAUUUUAGAUAAGUAUUUACAAUGCUCUUGACAUGAUCCAACUCAUUAUAUUUUGCUAUGGUUUAGAUGUUUAAAAAAUGUAUUUUUUUAAAUUUUCUAAUAUUUAAUUUUGUAUUUUCUUGUAGGAGAAUAAAGUUUUUGUUUAAAAGAUGUCGACAGAAAUAAUCUAUAAAUUUUCUUUAAAAAAGCUCAUACGCUGGAUCCUUUAGAGGAUAUACUUGUAAAUUUGUAUUUUUUUUUUUUAAAUUCUCGUUAAGAUUUCAAUAUAUACUUUUCUAUAUUUAUAUAUAACAUCUAUUUUUUUUAUAGAUUUUUAAAUUCAAUAAUUUAUUAUUUUCCAUUUUAGAGUUUAUUUUGUUUAGCUUUCAUUUUUCUUAAAAUAAAAUGUUUUUGUAUAAUUAAAACAAAAAUUCAAGUUUGUAAAUUCAGCAGAUUUGAUUAGAGUCCGAUAAUCAACAUAAGAUUUAUUUUUGAGAUGUCUCGAGUUUUAUGGAAAAUGUCCAAGAUCACAACUUU